AGAAUUGAUAGGUCCUAGCUAAAUGAUUACGAAUCUAUCUAAUACAGAAAUUGAAUUUAUCAGAGAUGGCAUAACGCAGAAUGUCAGAAUUGAUGGACGCGAAAGGUUUGAUUACCGUCCGUUUACACUAGAGGUAGGAACUAUAACACAAGCCAACGGAUCUGCAAGACUAUCUUUGGGAGAAACAAAGAUAUUGGUAGGAGUAAAGGCUGAAAUUGGCGAACCACUUGAUAAUGCACCCAAUGAGGGUGUUCUUAAGGUCGCAGUUGAGUGUUGUCCCACUGCAAGUCCGUAUUUUGAGGGAAGAGGGGCAGAGGAAUUGAAUAUCAAAUUAUCGAAUCUGAUGGAAAAAAUGCUUUUAUCCUCAGCGCAUAUCGACCUCGGUAUUUUAUGUCUGAUCCCUAAAAAACAGUGUUGGAUAUUGUAUAUAGAAAUAUUGGUCUUAGAUUGUGGAGGAAAUUUGGUAGAUGCAAUCUCAAUUGCAACAAGGGCUGCUUUGGCUAAUACAACUGUACCUCUUGUUAAAGUUGUUGAAGCCAAAAAGCCUGGGGAAUAUGAGUUUGAGUUAGAUGGAGAUAUAGACAAUAACAUUAUAAUUCCAGUCGAAAAUGUACCUAUUUUUGUCUCCUUCAACCAAAUUGGGUCAUAUCUCAUUGUGGAUCCUUCCUUACAAGAAGAACUAUGUUUAGGAUGCCGAAUAUCUAUCGGUAUCAAUAAAAUUGGUAAUAUAUGCACUAUCGAUAAAGGAAAUGGAAUGAUAGGCCUGGAGACCCUUCCACAAAUCAUGUCAACUGCCAAAACACUUGGUCUGAAAAUCCUGAAUUUGAUAGAUGGAUAUAAAUUGAAAAGCUUUCAACAGCAAACAACUUGUUUCGACACAAUAAUCGAAGAUGAUAGCCUUGUUAUAUAA